AGGAGAUUAGAAAACCCUUGCUCUCUUCCUUCGACGUCUUCUACUAUUCCUCCGCAUCCGCGGUCGCCGUGCUCCCUUGAAAUCCUUCGCGCUCCAUCACCAUGGCGAAGUAGGAGGCGAAACCAUUUCCGGAGCCAUGGCGACCUCGAGGGAUGUCCAGGAGAUCAUCUCCAAGCUAUCGUCCGAUAAAGCCAAGGCUCGGGAGGAAGGGGUAAAACUUUUGAGUAGCUGGUUAGAAGGUGAGCGAUCGGUGGAUUUCUGCAAGCUUCUCAGCCGGAACACUGCCAAGAUCAAGCCGGAUGAGAUCCCACACUCUGAGACAUGGCCUUUUCUAGUCACGUUGCUCAUGAGAUGCAUCUCGUCAGAAAUUUCUACAAGUAAGAAACGCCCACCAAAGUUGAUCUUUGCGAAGACUCUUCGAAUGACAAUUCAGUAUGCAGAAGAUGCAAGGAUCUCAGGAAACAGUUUUCUUUUAUUUUCUGUUGUGAAAGUGGUAUUCAAUCAUGCAUUGGAUGUUAUUAAGGAUGUUCCUAGCUAUCAGUUAGAAUACAACAGCAUUCUUAGGCAUCUUCUAACUGUCAAAGAGUACCGAUAUCAAAUGAGGAAGCGGGUUUAUUGCGGUCUAAUAGUUCUCUACACCACCAAGUUGGGUACAUUGAUGGAUUUGAAUCCUAGCCAGGCCGGUUCCAAUGAGGAUAGUUUCCGCACUAUCGUAAUUCUUUAUGUUCUCUUAGAAAACCCACCUGGUGAUUAUCCAGAUAACAUUCGAGAAGAUGUUGUGCAGACAUUUACAAAAAUUUUCUUCAAAGUGCGGGUUGUUCACUUCUAUCUGUAUCAAGGACUAAAGAGUUCCUUUAUUAAUUAUAUGAGGAUUCAACUAAGCCUGAUUCGAAGUUUAUCAGAAGGAGCUCCAAUUAUAGAACAAUUUCUUGAUGUUAUCACCAAAGAAUUUGACCAUGGCAUAAAUGUUGCUGGAGUGCUUUGGUAUGAUGUAUCUAAAGAUGAUAAAUCUGGAUCUCUUGGUAGCAUUCGACAAAGCCUCAUGGAGCUUGCAGCCACUGUUUUCUAUCAGGCCUGCAGAAUUAAGUGCAAAGCGACUUGUAAUGAGAGUAAUGAGAAACGGUUGAAGAUGGAGCAUGCUACUGGUCGUGUUAAGGAUGGGAUCAUGAAAGCUUCUUGCCUAUGGAACGGGGCAUUUUCUUUUCUUAUUCAUAAUUAUGGUCUUCGACUGGAUAAGACCUUAUUAAUCUAUUGGUUUGAAGGUGCGAUUGAAGGUUUGAAAAGGAUACUAGGUGGUUCUACUUUGAAUUCACAUGAUGCACUUCUUUGGCUUUUACGGGCAUUGCAGGGAUUUUCAUCUGUGUUCCUGUUUCAUGGUUUCCAUCACCUAGAAGAGCGUCCCAAGAACUCAUGGUUCACCUCAAAUGAGAUUACAAAUCUCAGAAAUUGUUGGCAAGAGAUUUGGAGUUAUUUGAUGCGGGGAUUACUUGUUCUGAGUAGUUUCUCUUCUAUUAUUGAUGUUACUUUGACACUACUUGGCAAUAUGAUUGAGAGGGAUCAAGUUAGUGUAAUUGCAGUUCCUCGAGAUAUAUGGGAUUUGAGGACAUUUAAGCACAUGCCUACAAUUUUGAGGGCAUUUGAUCAUCUUAUUGAGGCACAAGUGGUUGUAAGAUUUGAGAUUAAUGUUUCUUCCAUGACUACUUUCAGAUCUUUUAGAACCAAAUAUAAUGUGCUUAAGAAAAUCCUUGUUUCAGUUUUUCUCUCUGCUAUUCUUUCAAGGAAGUGUUGCAUCUGUGUAUUCUUUCUGUCAACUUUUUCGACUACUAAACUAAUACUUCUUAAGUUGCAGCAAGCUGGUGUAUGGAAUGCACAAAUGGUUGCACUCGUUCCUGAGGCUGUAUUUUCUCUUUGUGCUGGUACUGUGUCUCCUGUUCCUUCUGGACAUUUAUCCAUGGCUCCUAGAUCUUGUGAGGACUGUGCCGAGUGUGGACAGAUUCUUCUGAUGACGGAUGAACUGGAACAUCUUGAAAAAGUUUUAGAAUGUUCUGUGGAAGCUUUGGCAGAAAUUAAAUGUGUACCUUCCUCUAAGGAGAAAACAAGCUGCCAUAGUUGUGUAUGCCUUCCCAAUCAGAUCAGACAACCAUUAAUUCAUGAACUUAAAGAACACCUUGCUGAUUUUGUAACUUCAAAUUCCAACUUAGCAGAGACUUCUCUUUCAUCUCAAUUUUAUUUGUGUUCCCUUUUGUGUAAUAGCAUCUACUAUUCAAUAAUAUCAAGGAUUACAGAAGGAGAUAAAUCUGUCAUUCACGCUAAGGUUAUUGAGUAUAUUUUAAUGAUUCUGGAUCACAUUCUUUUGGUGGUAGAGGAUAGAUGCAACGAAUUGAGAUGCUACAAUUUUGUUAAUAUUGGUUUUGUGCUUGACUCUGCUGGGUCCACUGCAUCCUCUCUGUGUAGCUUGUUGUCCUCACCACUAUUUAAGCUUUUGAGUGGCAAUGAUGGCUCUGUUUGCCACCUUGUCAGGGUCACACAUGCAAUUGAGAAACUGUUGGUCGUCUUUGGAAAAUUAUUCAAUGUGUUGUCAAAUGUUUCAAGCAAUAUGCCUGAGAUAGAUUUUGACCAUCUAUCUGUAUCAUCUAUGGAUUCUUCACAAUGUAUAAUUGCUGAACAUAGUGCCAGAAUUGUUGAUAUGGAGCUUGAUGCUUAUGUAUCUUCAAAAGAUGUGGAUCUUGUUGCACUGCGUGGGAAUAAAAAUUCCAUUUCUUCAACACCUUUGCAGUGGAAGUUAGAAUUGGUUUCUAUCAUUUCAAAUUUUUAUGCAGCAUUACCAUGCUGUACAUGGGAAAUCUUGUCUGAGAUGAUGGGGAAAGAAAAUGACUCUAAGGUUCGUGAAAAUAUUUUGUUUAACCUUUGCAAACAUUUUUCUGGCCCUUCGGGAAGUUUAUCUGCCUUGGUUAGUUUGAUAAGUGACUUUACAAAUAAGGAUGGAAUUAUGAAGUUUUAUAACAGAAAUAUUUUGACUUGCAUUAAUGUUCUGUUGAAGUCAUUGGAGUCCAUUUAUUCUAGCAGAAAUUCAAAGAAAAAGAGUCAAGUAUCCAAUGAAAGCAUGCCAUUUGAGGAUUUGAAUUCUCUUUGCAACAUCCUUAAUGCAAUUGCUGAGGUUGGUCUUGCAGAUUGGUAUGCUCGUAUUGAGCUGAUAAAUUGUAUUAGUUGUCUUGUUUUGAUAGAGCCUCAAUCUGCCCAGGUUUUGAUUGAAAGACUUCUGGUCAUGCUUCAAGACCCUGAUUAUCGUGUUAGACUCUUUUUAGCUAGAAAGAUUUCCCUCCUUUUUCAGACAUGGGAUGGCCAUAAUGAGUUGUUCAAUGACAUUUGUUUGAAUUUUGGUUUGGAAAUGGUGAGGUUUGGUAAAGGGAAGACUGUGAAGGCCCAUCAGAUCUUAGAUGCAGGUCCACAGGGCACACUUUUUGUAGAAACAGCUCUUAUCACUUUGGCGCAUCUGGCCUUAGCUAGUGAAGAAAUUGAAAUUGAGGCUGCCUUUAUGAUGUGUGUGGUUGCUGCUAUGGAGCCUGCUGAACGAGAGCUGGUGUAUGCACUUCUUGACAAUUUAUCAAGAAGUCUCCAAUAUGCUUCCAAAAGCAAGUACUUGGAGCAGCUGAUCGGUCCAAUCCUUGCUCGUUGGGUGGCUUGUGAUGUAAAUUUAAUGUCCCUUAUUGAGGUACAAAGUCUAUUUUGUGAUGAAUCAAAUGUAAAAUGUUUUGUGAAAUACUGUUGCCCAUGGCUUCUACCUCCUCUAAUGUUGUCUGGAGAUAAUGCUCGUCUUAAUUGGAUAUCAAAGGUUUCUCUGCAGCCUCUAUCUGAUCUUGUAAAGGAAUACUUUGUGCCAAUUUGUGCGUCAUGCAUUGCGGUGUAUUGUAGUAUGAGAUCUGACAAGGAAAUUGCAGGGCUGGCCCUUAACAAUUCAAUUUUGCAGUUUGGCAAAAUUUCUGAGGUUGAGAGAGAUGAACUUGUUAAGAAAAACAUGGUGUCAAUUGUCAGCUUCCUUCUGUCACUUACUUCCUGUUCUGUUGAUCCUGAACUGCCAUACUUUACAAAAGAUACUGUGGUUCUUGCAGUUCAAACAGUUGUAGAUGGUUUUCUAGAUAUAGAUACUAAUCACAUCAGUGGUGUUGUGGACAAAAUAAAUAUUUUUCGCCCUGACAGGAUUUUCAUGUUUUUGUUAGAGAUACAUUAUCAGAUAACUGCUGCAGUUCAUACACGACAUAUUUGCCAUCGACUAUCUGCAAUGGAGGUUCUUACUCGGCUAAUCGGGCAUAGGGCUACUAAUCCUAGUAGUUCAUAUUUCUAUUUCAGCUAUAUUAUGAGUAUUAUUGGCCAGUUGAUUUGUAGUCAAUUCCUCCAAGAACAGUGUUGUAUUAUCCUCUCUACUUUGCUUGAGGCAUUUAAAACAGAAUCUGGAAAGGAUGCUUACAAUGUGCUUGGUGAACAGCUUCAGUUUUUGGUUUCAAAGUUGGUAUCAUGUUGCAUUCCUACCGAAUCCCAAGAAGAAAAGAUUGCUCCUCUUUCACCCAGGAUAAUAUCUUUGCUCCAUGAACUAAUUGUAGAUGCUGACCCAUUGCUUCUAGAUCAUAUCAAAGAGUUGGAGCUUUUCCCGGAGGUCAAAUCAUUGGAGAAAAUACGACUAUUUCAUGAUGACCUCUGCCACAGUUAUUCUGUGAGGGAUCAACUUUUGAAGGAUUCUUCAACUGAAAAGGGGUUUGCUGCUUUAUCGUCUCUUGAUGCAUAUGAGAAGUCUCUGGUUGUGGUUCAUUCAAAAGGUGUGAAUAUUGAUGUCGUGGAAAAAAUGCUUUUGGAUAUGAGAAAAACUUCUGAUGGAGCAGUUUCAUUGGAAGAUUCUUCUCUGUGGACAACACACAGUAAAACUUACAAAAUGUGGGUCUGCACAUUGGUGCACUCACUUAUUCUUCAUUGUGAUGAUAUAAUUCUUAGACUUUGCCAAAAUAUAGUGUUACGGAAAGAGGAGAUAGCUGAGCUUUUAUUUCCAAAUGUCUUGGUGAAUAUAGCUAAGACAAUUGGUUCAGAUAAUCACCUUUGUCAUAUUAUCUCUCAAGAGGUUGAGAAGAACAUCUUUUGUGAUUCUAAUGACUUGGUUAAGUCAAUUCAAACUAUGCUGAGUGCAUUGAACAAACUUCGAUCUAUCUAUGUUGCAGAAAUAGCUGGUUCUUUCUCAACAUCUAUGAAGCAUAGCAGAACCCCAACUGGAACAAAAACUCGUGGUGCAUCAGCAACUUCAAAAGACCGUUCACUUAAUGUUUCUAUGUCAAAGUCUUCAUGGAAAAAGGUGUACUGGCUUUCAAUUGACUAUCUUGUGGUAGCUAAAGCAGCUGUUCAUUGUGGAUCAUACUUCACAGCAGUUUUGUACAUUGAACAUUGGUGUGAAGAACGUUUUAAUGGUCUUCAGUUAGGAUACCCUGAUUUCUCACAUCUGGAAUCGUCGCCUCCACAUGUGGAUCUGCUUAUGACUGCAUUUGAACAUAUUAACGAGCCAGACAGUAUAUAUGGCAUUGUCCAAACAAACCAGGUAAAAUUGCUGAAUUAUUUAUAUUAUGAUUUACUUGUGAGAUCUGCUUCCGUUGGCUAUGGAAAACAUUCUUUUGCUGAUUCACUCACUUCUUCUCAAGCCAAUGCAGAGAAAAGUAGUUGGAAGUUUUACAAAGGUUUAAUGAGAUCAUUGCAGAAAACAGGUUGCACUCAUAUAUUGGAUGUCUACUGCCACGGAUUGACUAAUUAUAGUGCCUAUCUGCAACAUGAUUCUGAAUUUGCUGAUUUGCAGUAUGAAGCUGCUUGGAGGUCUGGAAAUUGGGACUUCUCAUUGUUUCUGGAGAGCACUCCUUAUUCAAGACAAUCUUCUAGUAGUUGUCAAUUCAACGAGAACUUGCAUAGUUGCCUGAGGUCCUUGUAUGAGGGAAAUGCCAGUAAUGCUUUUCUUUUGAUCAAACUUGAAUGCUGCCCAGGUGGAAAUCAAACCAUCAAAUUAUGUAUAUAUAUAGGAUUUGCUUCUAUCCAUUGCAAGUGUGAAUAUAUUCAUUCAGCCAUUGUGAAACUUCAGAUAUUAGACCAUCUCGGUGUCUCCUGGGACAUCCGCUGGAAGCCACACAAUCAUCAGAAAACUACAACAUACUCAAAGAUAACUAAAAUUUCACAUGAUCCUGUUAUCCCAACAGAAGACCAGUUGGGAUGGUUUAAAACUGAAUGGCGUACUGUCUUAAGGCAUGCACAGCUACAUUUAAAUUUGUUUGAACCUUUGAUUGCUUUUAGGCGUGUUCUAUUUCAAAUUUUAGAUUGCAAAGAGUUCACAACCGAACAUCUGCUGGAAUCUGCUUCAACUUUCCGUAAGGGUUCCAGGUUCUCCCUUGCUGCUUCUGCUUUAAAUGAGCUGAAGCAACUCUGCUGUCAGAUGGAACAGAAACCUACAUCGCAAAUGUAUUUCCUUGGAAGGCUUGAAGAAGCAAAACUAUUAAGAGCUCAAGGUCAGCAUGAUAUGGCUAUCAAUCUUGCAAGAUACAUUGUAGAGAACAACUCCACAGGAGAAAAGAUGGCUAACAUUUAUCGAUUGGUUGGGAAGUGGUUGGCUGAAACUAGAUCUAGCAACUCAAGGAUUAUCUUAGAACAGUACUUGAAACAUUCAGUGGAAGUCACAGAGUUGAGCAAAAGUACAAGUAAGAAAUACUUGUCUAGACAAUGCCAAAGCUAUUACCAGUUAGCACACUAUGCAGAUGGUCUAUUCCAAAGCUAUGAAGCAAGACUAGCUUCUAGUGAGUGGCAAGCAGCUCUGCGGUUGAGAAAGCACAAAACGAGGGAGUUGGAUGCACUCAUCAAGAGGCUAAAAGGUUCUUCGAAGGGUGAGAAAAUAGAUUACUCAAUCAAGAUACAAGAGUUGCAAAAACAACUUACAAUGGACAGGGAAGAGGCUGAAAAAUUGCAUGAUGACAGAGAGAACUUCCUUAGCCUCGCUUUAGAGGGAUACCGGCGUUGUCUUGUUAUAGGUGGCAAAUAUGAUCUGACAGUGGUAUUUCGUCUUGUUUCCUUGUGGUUCAACUUCUACUCGAGAAAUAAUGUUGUCCACGAGAUGAUUAGUACAGUGAAGGAGGUUCAAUCAUACAAAUUUAUACCACUGGUAUAUCAGAUUGCGUCAAGACUUGGUAUCUAUAAAGAUGGACAAAGCUCAACCAGUUUCCAGAUUGCUUUGGUUUCUCUUGUAAGGAAAAUGGCUAUAGAUCAUCCAUACCAUACUAUUUUCCAGCUUCUUGCUUUAGCAAAUGGGGACCGUGUAAAAGACAAGCAAAGGAGUAGAAACUCAUUUGUUGUAGACAUGGACAAAAAACUUGCAGCAGAGAAUCUCUUGAAUGAGUUAUUGACAUUUCAUGGAGCUCUUAUAAGACAGAUGAAACAAUUAGUUGAGAUUUACAUCAAACUUGCUGAAUUGGAGACAAAAAAAGAGGAGACUAAUAGGAGAGUACCGUUACCCAGAGAAAUCCGAAAUAUUCGUCAGCUAGAACUUGUACCAGUUGUCACAGCUACAGUUCCUGUUGAUCCCACUUGUCAAUAUCAGGAAGGUUCUUUUCCACAUUUCAAGGGCUUGGCUGAUUCUGUAAUGGUAAUGAAUGGCAUAAAUGCUCCCAAAGUAAUUGAGUGCCUUGGUUCAGAUGGUCAUAUAUAUCGUCAACUUGCAAAGUCUGGGAAUGAUGAUUUACGACAGGAUGCUGUCAUGGAACAAUUUUUCGAUUUGGUAAAUAAUUUCUUGCAGAAUAAUAGAGAUACUUGGAAAAGAAGGCUAAGAAUUCGUACGUACAAGGUAGUACCCUUUACUCCGAGUGCUGGUAUACUUGAAUGGGUUGAUCGUACUAUUCCACUUGGCGAAUACCUUUUAGGAAGUGCAAGAAAUGGUGGAGCACAUGGACGUUAUGGGGUUGGCGAUUGGACAUUUCUUCAGUGCAGGGAAUACAUGAUGAAUGAGAAGGACAAGAGGAAGGCAUUUGUGAAAAUCUGUGACAAUUUCAGGUCUGUUCUGCAUUAUUUUUUUCUGGAGAAGUUUUUGCAACCCGCAGAUUGGUUUCAAGGCAGGCUUUCUUAUACAAGAAGUGUUGCAGCAAGUUCCAUGGUUGGUUACAUCGUAGGACUUGGAGAUAGGCAUUCAAUGAAUAUUCUCAUAGAUCAAGAAACUGCAGAAGUAGUCCACAUCGACCUUGGGGUUGCCUUUGAGCAAGGACUUAUGCUUAAAACUCCAGAGAGGGUUCCAUUUAGGCUGACUAGGGACAUUAUAGAUGGGAUGGGUGUUACCGGUGUUGAGGGUGUCUUCAGAAGAUGUUGUGAAGAAACUCUCUCUGUCAUGAGAGCAAAUAAGGAAGCACUGCUAACUAUUAUUGAAGUAUUCAUCCAUGAUCCUUUGUAUAAGUGGGCACUCUCACCUCUGAAAGCUUUGCAGCUGCAAAAGGAAACUGAUGAUGGUGUGGAUGCAAGCCUGGAGAGUUCACAAGAUGAUGAAGGAAACAAAGAUGCUGCACGAGCUACCCUCAGAAUCAAAGAAAAAUUAGAUGGUUAUGAAGCAGGUGAAAUAAGAAGCGUGCAGGGUCAGGUCCAGCAACUCAUACAGGAUGCAAUUGACAUUGACCGGUUGUGUCAUAUGUUCCCCGGUUGGGCGGCAUGGUUGUGAGAAAGCUUAUCAACUCUGUUGUGUUUCAACUUGCCAGAACCAUCUCAAAGCGCCUUCACAUUUUGAACCUGUGAUGCAGCGACAGAAAGGAGCAAAGCAUGUUUGAUCAUUAAAGUGAAGAAUCCAGGGUGCUAGUUGACCUGCCCAAUGUUUUCCUCUAGAUGGAUGGAGUGUCGACAUGAAAUUUAAGUACUUUAUCUGAAAAAUUGGGUACCAGAGUAAUGCAUGCUCACUUGAAUCGAACAUGAAAAAUGUUUUGACCCACCUGUUUUUAUCUCCUAGGAAGCAGAAGCAAAAUUCGAAUAUCUAAGUUGCUGUAUAUAUCACACGAAUCUUGGACAGACUAUUUAACCAUGUUAUUAUAGAAAUGCAUCUUCGUGGAAAUUGCUUAUUUCAAUUUUAUCGGAAUUUUAUUAAUUA